CCCGGAACGAGCGUGAGCGGUGCGGCAUUUGCAGCCAGUUGCAGGAAGUAGCGUUGCUGCCGCUAGACUCUUGUCCCUUAAUGUAAAUCGUUCAGUCCUUUUUUUAGCAUUGCAUCGUUCUCGUUAACUCUGGAUUUCUAUUGUAAACUGGAAUAAUUUUGUUGAAAUGCGAUUGGUUAUUAAAAUUUGUUUUAUUGUUCUUAAGUGCAGCUUAAAAUUUUAAUUGUUUCAGGUGAAAUUGGCUUUAAAAUUGCCAGUGGCUUUCCUAAAUACUAGAUUAUUUGUCAGUAAAAAUAGGAAGGUUGAUGAUAUCUACUGUUUCUACUUGUGUUGGUAUAUCGUCCAGAUCGAUUAUGGAACGUUAUUUUUUUACGCAUAUAAUGUUGGCGAGCCUGUAACCUUGAGUGACCUUGUGUCAUUUUGCUUUUAUUAUUUAAGUUGGUUCGUUUGUUGGUGAGGGUCUUAAGAAGUUUUGAACAUAUUGUAAAAAUUAUAAGUAGAAUGUCUAAAUACGUAAUCGUUAUGGUCAGGCAUGGAGAAAGUGAGUGGAAUCAGAAAAAUCAGUUUUGUGGAUGGUAUGAUUCUCUUCUAAGUGACAAAGGCAAGGAGGAGGCAGUGGCGGCUGGCAAGGCCCUCAAGAAGGCAUGCUUCAAGUUCGACGUGGCUCACACGUCCGUCCUGACACGUGCCCAGGAUACCCUCAAUGCCAUUCUCAAGGAGAUCAACCAGACAGACAUUCCCGUGCACAAGACAUGGCGACUGAAUGAGCGCCACUACGGCGGCCUGACGGGCCUCAACAAGGCAGAGACGGCAGCGAAGUACGGUGACGAGAAGGUGAAGAUCUGGAGACGCAGCUUCGACGUGCCGCCCCCGCCCAUGGAGAAGGAUCACCCCUACCACGACGUGAUAGUGAAUGACCCGCGCUACGCGACGGAGCCGGCCAAGGACAAGUUCCCCAUGUUCGAGUCGCUCAAGCUCACCAUCGAGCGCACGCUGCCGUACUGGAACUGCGCCAUCAUCCCGCAGCUGAAGGAGGGCAAGCGCAUUCUCAUUGCGGCGCACGGCAACAGUCUGCGCGGCAUCGUCAAGCACCUGGACAGCAUCCCGGACGACGAGAUAGUGGAGCUGAACCUCCCGACGGGCAUUCCCUUCGUGUACGAGCUGGACAGCUGCCUGAAACCGGUCGUGUCCAUGAAGUUCCUGGGCGACGAGGCGACCGUGAAGAAGGCCAUGGAGGCCGUGGCUGCACAGGGCAAGUCCAAGUGAGGCGCGUCGCCUCCACCCUUGUCUACCUGCUCCCCGCCAGCGAAGCUCCACAGAGACUAGUUGUCGAUGUUUGCUUUAUUGCUUCAAAUAUGUUCAAAUUUGCGAUAAAGCAUUAGCAAAAAUAAAAUUUAUUUAUUGGGUUGCAGCAUGUUUAGAAUGUUUGUAAGUUUUUGAAUAUUUAUUGAAACGUAAGUUCUCUUUAUUUGUCUGCGAACUCUCAGGAAUGUAACAUGCAUAGCAUAUUGCACUGCCAUUGGCAUCUUGUUGAAGACUGGUCAAAUCUGAUUGGUCUCUAAAUGUGUUUUCUUUUCUCAUACCUGGUAUACCCCUUCAUGCUUUAGGUAGAGAAUUAAAUGUUACAUGUACAGAGA